CAAGACUACUGGGCCCUUCGUGCGCGCGCAGGCAGCUUAUGGUUGUUGUGUGGCGUUUUUUCUUGUACUUUUUGACUAGUCAGCGUUUCGAUAGGUGGAGCAAAGCAGUUUUUUUGAAAUGCCUCGUGUGUAUAUCGGCAGGCUGAGCUAUCACGUUCGCGAAAAGGACAUCCAGCGUUUUUUCAGCGGUUAUGGAAAACUGCUGGAAAUCGACCUGAAGAAUGGGUAUGGUUUCGUGGAGUUCGAGGAUACCCGGGAUGCGGACGAUGCUGUGUACGAAUUGAAUGGGAAGGAGCUUUGUGGGGAGCGAGUGAUCGUGGAGCACGCCAGGGGACCACGACGGGACAGAGAUGGCUACGGAGGAGGCUACGGUGGACGCAGCGGCGGCGGCGGAGGAGGAGGUGGCGGCGGCGGCAUGUAUGGAAGUCGGCGUAGUGGCAGGGACAAGUAUGGGCCACCUGUUCGAACAGAGUUCCGUUUGGUUGUGGAGAACCUUUCAAGUCGUUGUAGCUGGCAGGAUCUCAAGGAUUUCAUGAGACAGGCUGGAGAGGUAACUUAUGCAGAUGCCCAUAAGGAACGUGCCAAUGAAGGUGUAAUUGAGUUCCGCUCUUACUCUGAUAUGAGACGUGCUCUUGAGAAACUAGAUGGUACAGACAUUAAUGGCAGAAAAAUUCGCCUUGUGGAAGAUAAGCCACGUCGUAGGCGCUCAUAUUCCGGCAGUCGCUCUAGAUCACGGAGUAGACGUCGCUCUCGCAGCAGGAGUCGAAGGAGCAGUCGUUCACAUAGCAACUCAAAAAGUAGAUCUCACUCUCGCUCCCAUUCAAGAAGCAAGAGUAAGCGUUCAAGGUCCCGAUCUGGCAACAGAAAAUCCCAUGCACAUUCUCCAAGUCGGAAGUCUCAUUCAAGGUCCCCUGCCAGAAAAUCGCAUUCCAAAUCCCCUGAUGGAAAGUCACGGUCCCGCUCACGAUCCAGGAAGUCCCGUUCCAGGUCCCACACUAGAAAAUCCAAUUCACGAUCUCCUAGUAGGAAGUCCAGGUCUAGGUCAGACCCCAGAAAGUCACAGUCAAAGAGCCCUUCAAAAGCCAAGUCUGACCAUGAUUCUCGAAGUCCUUCCAAGGAGAAGGAGGAGGCCAAGAAGUCUCGCAGCCGAUCUGCAUCCCCAAUGGAAAAUGGAGAUGGUGAAAGGGCAAGGUCAGCUUCACGUUCUCCCUCACCCCAACAUGAUGACAGACAUUCCGCAUCUCCGUCAAAACGCUCGGCUUCUAGGUCUCCUUCGCGAUCUAAAUCGCGAUCACGCUCUCGUGAUUAGCAAAUGAAAGAUUUGAUACCGAGUUGGGGAAUUCCAUUACUGAAAAGUUCACCAAUAUUGCUGUGCAGCUGCUUUUUGCAGAGCUGCCUUUAGAUGCAGUGGGUAAAUUGUGGGUUUUAAAAUUUUGCUGUGCCCGUUUAUACUAAAAAUAAAAAAAAUAGUUCACGUGAUGAACCUAAGACAACACUUUUUUUUGUUUUGGUGUCAAGGGUUGCCAUUUGUGCUUGUAAAUACAAACCCUACUCUGAACUUCUUGUCAGUUUAAAGUUCGAGUGAAAUCUUGGAUGUAAUCCACAGGUAAAGCCUACUGUUAUAAUUUCUUUAGUUUUCAUUUUUGUAUUCAAUUACGAAAUUUCUUGUUUUGAUUUUGUUUAAACAGACUUCAAUUUGAUGGCCAGACCUUGUUUUAUUGCCAAACUGCUAGAUCACAAGCAUGCAUGUUAACUUUUUACUGUACAGGUGCAUUAAAAGUUCAUAUGAAACUCCA